UUUCUAUCGGUGCCUGCCUGCGUUGUCUCGAGGGCYGGGGCGUUCCCAGGGCAGCCUGGCAGCUUCCCACGCUGUCCCAUUGUGGCCAGGGGAGCAGGGGCAGCGCCCUGGGCAGCACAGCCGGGCUUUGUGCCGGCCGAGCCCCCUCCUGCUCCCUUGUGCAGCUCAGCAAGAGCCGGAGCCGGUGGGAAGGGAGCGCGGGGGCGCGGCCGCGGACACUUUUGUCCCUGGAUUUUUUGGGAGCCGCKGUGUCGGGCUGCUGGCGCGCCUCUCCGGCGGAUGCCGAGCUCUGCCAGGGCUCCGUGACGGCAGGGACAGCAGGGCCACUGUGCCGGCUCCACGCAGCACCCUCCCGCGGCUUGGCUGCACCCCUGGAACCGGAGCCGGGCCGCCGUGGGGCUCCGGGUGCCYCGGCCCUGCCAAGGGGAGCGUCCCUCGGCGCCAGCUCCCCCCGGCCACCCCGGCGUUAAUCGGCUCGGCCGCGUGACUCCCGCUCGCUGAUGGCGAGAUUAGAGCAAACUGGAUUGCCCAGCCCUGCUGGCAGCUGGCCCCGCCGGGCCCGGGGCUGCCACCGCAUCCCGGUGCCCACCGCCGGCGGGGAUGCGCCUCGGAGGUGGCCGUGCCAGGGAGCUGCCGGUCCCUGGGGUGGCUCGGUGCUGGCACGGAGGUGCWGACCCGGCCGAGGGACACCCCCGGUGCCAGGCGGGGAGGACGGGCAGUGCUGCCCGCUCCUCUCCAGCCAAAGGCAGUCACAGCCGGUGUUCGAGCCCAUCCCUCGGCUCGUCACCACCGCAGGAGGUGCAGCCCGGUUGGGCUGACAAUGGGAAGAGGAGGGAGGGCCGGGACGAGGACGCGCAGCUCGGGGUGCCCAGCCCUCCCCACCGGCUGGCACGGUGGGUGCUGCCCCUGCCCUUCCCUCCCCUCCCUCUUUCCCAAAGGCGGGCGGGAGCCCUGUGCCUCCCCUCGUGACUGCGAUAAACAUUACACCGAGGCCAUUAAUGUUUAAUGAGGUUUGUCUCCCAAUUAAUGCGCUUUCCCGUGGGUGCCCACUCGCAGAGCGAGGCGCCCGCCGGACGACACGCCGAGGCCAUGGGUGACGAGCAAGUGCCCGAGCAGGACAGGUUCAGCUAUGACUAUGACACCAUCCGCAAUGGGGGGCUGAUCUUCGCCGCCGUGGCUUUUGUGAUCGGGCUCCUCAUCAUCCUMAGCCAGCGGUUCCACUGCGGAGGGAGGAAGAAGAGAAGACAAGGCACCGAGGAGGAGCUGUAGGUGCAGUUCCAGAGCUGCAGAGCCACCAUGGAAGCAGAGCUCCAGCCGAAUCCCAGCAGCCCCGGCCAGUGGCCCCCCCUCACCCCGCUCCAGUGGAUCCAUUACCCCGCAAGGCCAGAACGCAAAUUACCCUCGUGCUUCCCCCUCUCUUAGACCCAGCAAGAGUUCCUUGGCUAAUAAAGUUCAAGCUCCGAGAGGUUAAA